AUGGUGCUACAGCUCCUCCCAUCUACCCCCGCAAAUAGCCCACGUGUCUCCCACUGCGCCUGCGCGCAGCAGCACAGUGCCACCUCUCCAGCCCCACCCCUGCUGCUUCAAUACCGCUGCUGGGGUCCUCUUCUGGGCUCCUCUCGUCCCACCAGGCACCAGGGCGGAGGCCCCUGUCCGUCCCAGCAACCAACGCCGCCGCAGCAGCGCCUUGCAGAGUCUCUCCCGAAGGCAAGGUCUUUGUCUUCCAGUUUCAUGGCGGGCUGGAGGCAUGACGACGGCCCUUCGGCCUACAUGUUCGAGAUGCAGAAGCGGUUCCGAGACCACGGCAAGACCAUAGAGUACCAGCAGCACUCGGCCGCGGUACUGUCGGUGGCCUGGAGCUGCAAUGGGGCCCGCCUGGCAUCGGGCUCCCUCGAUAAUACGGCCGGGGUCUUUCUCCUAGAGGAUGACGGCCUGGUGAAGGAGUCCAGCUACCAAGGGCACACGGACAGCAUCGACCAGCUGUGUUGGCACCCCAGCAACCCCGAUCUCUUCGUCACCGCCUCCGGGGACAGGAGCGUUCGCAUUUGGGACGUGCGUCAGAAGAGGUGUGUCGGCAACAUCAGAACCAAAGGUGAGAACAUGAAUAUCUGUUGGAGCCCCGAUGGCCUCACUAUAGCUGUGGGCAAUAGAAAUGACGUCAUUACGUUCAUUGAUGCCCGCACUCAUCGGGUGAAGGCCGAGGAACACUUUAAGUAUGAGGUUAAUGAGAUCUCGUGGAAUAAUGAGAAUAAUCUCUUUUUUCUGACCAAUGGCAAUGGCUUCAUCACUAUUCUCAGUUACCCAGAGCUAAAGCCGGUGCAGUCGCUUAAUGCCCAUCCUUCGAACUGCAUCUGUAUUGAAUUUGAUCCAACUGGCACCUAUUUUGCCACAGGAAGUGCCGAUUCCCUCGUGAGUCUCUGGGAUCUUAAUGAGAUGGUGUGUGUAAGGUGCCUCUCCAGGCUCGAUUGGCCUGUGAGAACCCUCAGUUUCAGUCACGAUGGGAAGAUGAUUGCAUCCGCCUCUGAGGAUCAUUUCAUCGAUAUUGCCGAGGUGGAGACGGGCAACAAGGUGUGGGAUAUACAGUGUCAGUCCCCAACCUUCACCGUGGCCUGGCACCCCAAAUUUCCAUUGCUUGCUUUCGCCUGUGAUGACAAAGGCGGUGAACCAGGGGAAUGUCGGGAAACUGGAAUUGUGAAACUAUUUGGACUUCCUAAUGACUCCACAGGGAACUAA